CUGUUUACUUGAGCAACAAUCUGCUGCCAGGCACACAGCACACAAAACACAGCCAGCACCCGCAAGAACCCAGAACCCAGCACCCGGUCCAAGCUUCAGUCGGAGUUCCACUCUUCGAGGCAGAGGCAGAGUUGAGUCAGUUUUCGGCGCUUAAAGCUUUUAAGACUUUAACGCGACUUUAAUACAUAUUGUGCAUCCGCAUACAUCAUCAGCAUUCUCAAUCCCAUCAUCGUUUGCGCCUCCGGUAGCAACUGCUUCCUGCCCAAAUUGUAAAUUCACAAUGCGGCACACACUUCGAUUGAUUCUGCUGUGGCUCGUCAUCCUGCUGCCGUCAUUGUGCCUCACACAGCCCAGCUGCCAGACGCCCGAGAAGAGCCCCGGCCAGUGUGUGCACUUCAGCGCCUGCCGCUUCGUCCUGCGCGAAUACGCGAUGUACAAGGAGCACAUGCCGCCCACCGUAAUGCGGUUCCUGCAGAGAUCCCGCUGCAGGCCCAAGCGUGACGGCUAUCAUUUGUGCUGCGAACUCAAAGAUGUGAUUCCCGCGAACGCCAACUCGAAGCUGAAGUAAAUCAACUUCAAAGUACGAGUACAUCAUGUGUGGCACACACUCGCACUCACACUCACACUCGUACUCGUACUCGUACUCGUGGUAUCCAGUCAUGUGGGUGUAUGCUUUGAUCUGCCUCGGAUUGCUGAAGGCAGGAUGGAUUGUUUGGGAACACGGCUGCUGUGCCCAAAAUGUUAUGGUUAUGCGGCAGCGUCUGUAAUUAUAAUGUGCACCCGAAUUAUGUAUUAAGUGCGCCUCGCCGUCUCGUCAGGCAGCAGAUGCUGAGACACAAUAAAAAUGAAAAGUUUAGCUCUAAUCUUGGUUGCUUCAGCCAGCGAGGGCAGUUCAUUAACUUCCCCGGCUAAGGAACCAUCGCAAAUAAAUGAUAUUUUAUAGAGUUUUAUAUCUAACCAUUAACCUAACACCCACUGGGAGAAUGCUGAAAUGUAUAUUCUAAUAUUCAAACCAUUAUUUUACACCAAUAUAUUUUUUUAUCAAGUGUAUACAGAAAUAGUUUAAAAGUGAAGCA